GUUUUAACUGAUGUUAUAAUGUCAUGUCAGAAAUGAAUGUGGCUGAUGCCGCCUAUGAAGUAAAUUCAGAGUUUUAAAUCAAACUAUCUGAAAUAUUUUCUAUAUUUUGUCUAUUAACGAGGAAUGAUAAAAAUAUAGUACAAGAUGUAUUAUUGUUCUUUCAUUUUACUGUGUUUGUGUUAUUUGACAGUUUCUCAAAACAUAGUGGCAAAUUCAGCUGCUAGUUCUAGAUUUAUGAAUUUUAAUGAAAUUGAAAAAACUGGAAAAUGCAAGAUUUUAAGUAGUAUGUGUGGUAAUGUUAGUGAUGAUUUGGAUGCCUUGGAUUGUGCAUUUUCCUAUAAGGAACGUACUAAUAGAAUAUCAAAUCCAAUUGAUGAACAAUGUCAACAUGUGAUUUGGAAUUACACUGCUGAACUUCUCAAAGAUUCAAAGCUACAGCAAUUGGUAAAACAUUAUUGCUCAGGAAAUGCAAUUUAUGAUAAUUGUAUGCAGGUGCCUAAGAGCCACUUUUUAACUUGCCUUGUUGACAAGUUAAAUGACUAUCCUUACUCACCAGAUUGCUCAAAGUCAAUUGAACGGUUGAAAUUCCUUACAUUUGUUGAUCAGAAAUUCCUGUUUUUGUAUUUAGAAAGCUGUCAGGAUGAAGUCUCCAAGUUUAAGUGUGGUAGAAUUCCUAUUCAAGAAGGAUUUUCUGGUAGUACCACAUUAUCAUGUUUGCAACACCAUUUAUUAAAUCUUCAAAAGCCUUGUCAAAGUCAAAUUUUACGAUUAUCUGAAGUUCAAGCUGAAAAUAUUAAGUAUGACCAACAAUUAUUUAAGAAUUGUGUUGAUGAGCAGCAUUUCUUUUGUAAUGAUAUUCAUCCAGGGAAAGGUUUAAUGUACUUAUGCCUUAGCCAACAUAAAGAAGAACAUAGAAUGUCAAGAGAUUGUAAGGAAGAGUUAUUGAGACAUGAACAGUUGAUUGCCCAAGAUUAUCAAGUUAGCCGUGGCCUUGUGCGUGCUUGUAAAGAAGAUAUUAAACUUAACAGAUGUAGAAAGUCAGUUUCUGAUGAUAGAGAUGUUAGACUUGCACAGAUACUAUUAUGUCUCGAAAAUGCUACAAAAAAUGGUAGUAAUUUAGUUGUACCGAGAUGUCGAGAUGAGAUGCUUGCUCAUAGAAAAAUGCUACUUCAAGAUUAUAGACUUUCACCGGAAAUAGUUAGCACUUGUGCUAAUGAUAUAGAAACAUUUUGUAAGGGAAUUGAAUUUGACGGAAAAACCAUUCAUUGUCUCAUGGAACAUUCCCAUGCUCGAAGAAAGAAAAAUAGAGUAUCUGAUGCUUGUCAACGCCAGUUGGAAUUACUGGUAAAGGAAACCGAUGCUGGAGAAGAUUGGAGAGUUGAUCCUGUUCUUUGGAAUGCUUGUCAAAGUGUCGUUAGUGUUGGAUGUAGUAAAUAUACACCCGGUGAUGCAAGGGUGAUGUCUUGCUUAAUGGAAAAACUCAAUACAGAAAUAAUGACACAAGAAUGUGAAGUACCUCUGAGACAAUUGCAGCAUUUCGUAGUUCGAGAUUAUAAAUUAGAUCCGCCAUUGUAUAGAGCUUGCCGAGACGCAGCUGUCAAAUACUGUUCUGCUAAAUCAGUUUGGGCUUCCUCUCCACUCUCGACAGAUCCAGAGCGUGGGCCUUUAAUUCUUCCUUGUCUUUAUAACAAAGCUAUCUCUCCAGAAUAUAAGUUAAGUCAAGAAUGUAUAAAGGAGUUAAAGCGUGUUAUGAGACAGCGGGCCAUCAGUGUUGACCUACAUCCUAACAUUGAAAUGUUUUGUAUCGAAGAUUUAUCAAAGUUUUGCACUACUAAGACGGGGAAAGGAGAAGAAAUUCUCUGUCUUCAAGACCAUUUAGAAGAGUUGGCUCCAGAUUGCAAAGCUCAAGUUUUUAACUUUACGGAAGUUCAAGCAGUGAACAUCGAACUCAAUCCGAUCAUUGCUGCAAAUUGUAAAGUUGUUAUAGAAGAUCUCUGUGGGGAUAUAGUUGCAAAAAAAGAGCAAGAUAUAAUGGAUUGUUUAAUAGAUCAUAAAAAUGACCAACUCAUGAGGCUACAUAGCAAAUGCCGUGCUACUGUUGAACACUAUCAAUUAAUUAAUCUUAAAGAUUAUCAUUUUACAUUGAAAUUUAAGAGGGCUUGUAAAGAUCAUGUUAGCCGUUUUUGCCCUGGGGCGAGAGAUAAAGCUGAGGUUGUGAGGUGCUUGUCUGAAGUUAUAAGAAAUGAAACUCUUCAAGAUAGUAAACCACGUAUAUCAAAAGAAUGUCAUCAACAAUUGAAGACACAACUCCUUCAACAAAGAGAAAGCAUUGACCUCAACCCUUCGCUUAAGAAAGAGUGUGCAGUUGACAUUGGCAAAUUUUGUUCACAAAUUCAACCUGGUAAUGCAAAGGUUAUUGAGUGUUUAAUUCUGCAUAAAUAUAACUUAACUGGUGUAUGCCGUGCUAGGAUUUUUGCUGUUGAGAAACAAGAUCUUACAGACAGCUCGACUGAUUAUACUCUUUUAAAUGCUUGUAAAGCCAUGCUACAAAAGUAUUGCAAUAAAACUGAACUGUCUCCACUUUUAUGUCUUAAGAAAUAUAAAUAUAAUAGCGAGUUUGAUUAUAAAUGUCGUUCAGUUGUAUUGAGAAGAAUUGCUGAUCAAAAUACUGACUCCCAAUUAAAUCCUGGACUUCAGGCUGAUUGUAAAAAAGAUAUAUCUCUGUACUGUUCAAAAACAUUUGUUGAUGACAGGCUUGAUCCCAAGCAUGCAGAGGAUAGAGUUAUCAGCUGUUUAAAGAUCCAGUUUCGAAAUGGAAAGUUGGAAGCAAAAUGUAGAAAUCAAGUAUUGAAUAUACUUCAUGAAGCUGCUCUAAAUUACAAUCUUAAUCCUCUCCUUACUACAUUAUGUUCAUCUGAGAUUAAACAAUUAUGUGAAACGGAUGGUGAUAAUAUUGGCAAAGGGGAAGUUGAAGAAUGUUUGAAAGAAGCAUUAAAGAAUGGUCAGAUAAAAAAUACUCUUUGCAAGAUAGAAAUUGUAGAAUUAUUAGAAGAGUCAAAAGCUGAUGUCAAGGCUGAUCCUCAUUUAUACAAAAGUUGCAUCAAAGAUCUAGCUCAAUACUGUUCCUCAGUAGCUGAAGGAAAUGGCAGACAACUUGAAUGUUUGAUGAAGAUCGCUCAAGAGACUCCUCAUCUAUUAAUGAAACAUUGUGAGGAAACGUUGAAGGAAAGGAUAGAGAUGUAUAAGAUCAUACCCGAAGCAAAGGUUGAAAGUCUAAGUCAACUCUAUGGUCAAGUAUCACAUUCACCAUCAAAGAAAUAUUUUAUUGUAGUUGCUUUAACUUUUAUUGGAAUGAUAUUUAUUACGGGUAUGUUUUGUGGAAGAGCUAUGAGAAGAUCUAUUGCUGGGAAGAGGAAAUAAUAUUCUAUAUGAUUAUGAAAUUAUCUUUGUAAUAUAUUGUAAUUUUAUGUUGAUAGUUUUGUAGAUGUCAAUUAAAAGAUAUUUUUAUUUUUUGUUUUAUUUUCUUGAAUGUCUUAAAUAAGUCUGAAUUAGGUAAAAUUUUGAUGUUUGUAUUUUGAAAAUUAAUUGUUUAUCUUAUGAUCUGUUGUGUAUAUUUAUGGUAGAAAAAAAACCUUUUUGUUUAUUCCAACAAUCAUGUUUUUUGCUGAUUAUCUUUCUUAGUUUAAAAAGUAUUAUUUAUAAUAAAUUUAUGUAAUUAUUUUAUUUUUAAUGCAGAUUUGUUUUUUAAAAAAAUGAUUUAAUUGAUAAUGUUAAUUUUCAUCUAAAUAAUAAUAUAAAUGAAGGUUAUAAUAGUUCAC